GCUGAGAAAAUGCCAGGUGGACAUGGGUACUUUUGAUGGGACUACUAAUCAACUUUAGGGGAAUCAUUCAUGAGUAUUGCUUUUAUUUAUUACAUUUACGUUAUGGCAUGGACCUUAUUGUAACUAUUGAGGGUCCACUUCGGCCAAUCUCAUGGGAGAUCAUUUUGGAUUGACACCAAAAGCAACAUGGAAGUGGAGAUGGAUUUAUUUCAUCUGCGUAAACUGCAGGGGUAACUUCAGAACGUUUCCCUGCACACGGGCUAAAAACGAUUAGUCAGAGCACCUGUCUGUCAAACCUUUCCGCCCCGCCCCGCUCCGCCGUUCGUUACAUGGGAAACAUAUUCAUCAGAAACCCUUGAGCAUCUACAGCGCGGGACCUCAUCGUCGUGACGCACGAUCAUUAAGCGAAAAACGUCCACAAUGUGACCGCCAAAUGGUACAGCGGAAGUUAAUUAAUUAUUUGCUUUGCUGACCUAAGUACAGUGCGUAAAAUAGGAACUUCGGCGAAGAGACUCCAACCCACUUGGGUGCAAAUGUUAACUAAAUCAAGAACGUGUAAGAUUCUUGCGGUUUGUUCUUACCGAAGCGAUUGUGAAGAGACUGUGCGAAAGGAAUUACCCGCUGAGGACGUGUAAAACCCAUUUGAACCCACAAACUGAUAUGCGCUUCUGGGUUAUGGCGACACAACUGGAACAGAGAACGCACGGAAGUCUACAGAUGCAGAGCAUUGCAUGAUCUUCACUUCAUGAGGACAUCCUGUUACCCAUUCAAAUAUUUAGUCCAUGUACUGGAAAGGUUCUUGUAAAGGAGAGACCCAAUUCCUAACAUUAUGAAGCGCAACGCUGGAGCAUAACAGUUGGCCACUCAGGCACUACUAGAAUACUUGUGCGUAAGAGGAUGACCCUUUUUGGGAUUUUAUUGUUAUGAUUAAUAGCCUAUGAUUAUACAGGUAGAAUCAGCCAGCUGAUGUGGGAAGCCUGCUCGGAAAAGCUACUCCACCGGCAAUACGUCUGCAUUAUUUCACAGCCACGCAGAAGACAGAGUUAGUCUUAAGUUUGGACGUUUACAUUUUGUUAUCUACCUCUUAAGAUGGGCGAUACAGUCGAUUCAAGUCCGGUGGACAGCUGCCAAGAUGGGGAGAGCAGCAACCUCAGCGUGCUCAACUGGGAGCAAGUGCAGCGACUAGACGCUAUCCUGACCGAGUCCAUUCCCAUUCAUGGCCGCUGGAACUUUCCCACCCUGGAGAUGAAACCACGGGACAUUGUCAAAGUGGUCAGGUGUCGCAUGGAGGAGAAACGGAUACACGUCCGGGAGGUCCGUUUGAACGGUUCUGCGGCCAGCCAUGUUCUUCACGAGGACAGCGGUUUGGGAUGGAAAGAUCUAGACCUGAUAUUCUGUGCUGAUCUAAAAGGGGAACUGGAGUUUCAGACAGUGAAAGAUAUAGUUUUGGAUGCGUUAUUGGAUUUCUUGCCAGAAGGAGUAAAUAAAGAGAAAAUCACACCUGUGACCUUAAAGGAGGCCUAUGUGCAGAAGAUGGUGAAGGUGUGCAAUGACUCAGACCGCUGGAGCCUUAUCUCGCUCUCCAACAACCGCGGUAAGAACGUGGAGCUCAAGUUCGUGGACUCUCUCCGGCGCCAGUUUGAAUUCAGCGUGGACUCCUUCCAGAUCCGCCUUGACUCUCUCCUCUUGUUCUACGAGUGCUCCGAGCACCCGAUGGCCGCCACCUUCCACCCGACCAUUCUGGGCGAGAGUGUGUACGGAGACUUCCCUGUAGCCCUGGACCACCUGCGCAAACGUCUCAUCUGCACGCGCAGCCCAGAGGAGAUCCGUGGAGGCGGCCUGCUCAAAUACUGCCAUCUGCUGGUGCGGGGGUUCCGCGCGGCCUCCGAGCCCGAGAUGAGGCUGCUCCAGCGCUACAUGUGCUCCCGGUUCUUCAUCGACUUCUCCGAGGUGGGCGAGCAGAGGAGAAAGCUCGAGUCCUACCUCCAGAACCACUUUGUGGGCCUGGAGGACAGGAAGUACGACUACCUGGCCACGCUGCACGACGUGGUCCAGGAGAGCACCGUGUGCCUGAUGGGCCACGAGCGGCGCCAGACGCUCAGCCUCAUCUCCUCGCUGGCGCUGCGCGUCCUCGCCGAGCAGAACGUCAUCCUCAACGCCGCCAACGUCACGUGCUUCUACCAGCCCGCCCCCUACGUCGCCGACGGGAACUUCAGCAAUUACUACGUGGCCCAGGUGCAGCCCGUCUACACCUGCCCCCCCCCCCAGCACUACGCCGCGCCCCAGUACCUCCACCCCAUGUACGGCACCUGGCUGCCAUGCAACUGACGGGGGGUGCUGACGAUGCGUGGACACACACACACACACACACACUCUCAGGCACAGAGUUUGAACCCCAACUUCCGAGCCGUGAGUUUCCCUGACAUGAUAGGGAAGGAGGAGACGGUUUCUCUGCUUGAUUUUCGGAGCGAGAGAUUGGGAGCUUUGCUUUGGUUGUUGUUUAGUGCACGGGGUAGGGACCGAAAAGAAAGUCAAAGAAGGGGAGAUGAGAGGAGUAAAAAAACGAGAAGGACUGAUUUGGUAUUGAGAAGAAAAGUGAGAGAGAGAGAGAACAGGCCAGAUGAGUGGAGAAGAGAGGAAUGAAGGAAGCUGAAGAGAUGAACCUCUUGGUUCCAGACUGGGACUAAAGAGGAGGCUUUUCUCUCAAAGGCCCAGAGGAGGAGGAGGAGGAGGGACUGGAUCUUGAGGGUAGUCUGACUUAAGAGGAUGCCAAUGUUAGCUUUUGGGCUAUCAGGCCAGUCUCCGAUCCAGACAUGGAGAAUACAUUCUACACCUGGGUGGACAAUCUAGCACUGCCAGGGUGAUGUGAGGGAAAUGUGUCUGGAAGCUGAAUACUACAAUAAUAAUGCAGUUAAUUAUUGAACAAAGCCAAUGGAAGAAUUGGCUGGGACUCUAAAUUAUUGUAAUUGACUCACCACUUGUAAGGAUAUAGCCUUACAACACACACACACACACAAAC